AUGUCGUACCACGACCGGAAUCCCGGUGGCUAUUCAGGUCACCGUGAUAACUCUGCGUAUCCUCGCAAUGGACAACCCGCUGAUUCGCAAUAUCCCCCACCACCUGGCGAAGAAGACGACCGAAACAGACCCUAUCAUCAGCGCGCUCCUUCAAGCAGCAAUGGUGUGACCCUCCCACCCAUGUCUCCUUACGAGCCCCAAUACUCGCAACCAGCUCGCAGCCCCUACGACGAAGCUCGCAGUCCCUACGCCCCAGAAGGACGAGCAUACCCUCCACUUGCCCAACCACCGCAAGGAGCCUAUCAGCCCCAAGCGACAGGUUACAGUCACGAGCGAAGCUUCCAACCUCAACCUCCACAGGAGUAUAGAGCAGGUAACGCACAGGAGUAUAGACCAAGUAAUGGACAGCAACACAUGGCAUUCAGUCAAUCAGCCCCGCGACAAAGAACCGCAAUUGCCUGCAAAUAUUGCCGAAGACGCAAGAUCCGCUGCUCUGGGUUUGAUCAAAACCCCGAGGGACGUUGUACCAACUGCCUCCGAUUCCAACAGGAGUGCGUUUUUACUCCAGUCUCCUCGCAAGCUCAAGCUUUCGUACCGGCACACGUUGUCUUCCCUCACUUGCGUCAGGCAGCGGCGAACCAGAACCCUCACAUGCACCAGGCAAUCGGAGACAAUAGAAUCUCAACCUUUGGAGCUCACGGAGAGCCACUUGGCUCACUUCCUGCGCCUUACGACUAUCCCGCACCAUCCCCAACAGGGUCGUUCAGCUCAACGGCUGAUACUCCCACAUCAGAGCAUCAAACACCAUAUAUCUUUCGCGCAGGUUAUCAAUAUGCUCGCAAUCAAGGCCCUCAAGAGAACUAUCCUCCACUUGCUCCUCCACAGGAGAGUUAUCCUUAUCCGCAGCACGGUCAAGCUACUUUGCCUACACGUCCCCGAGAGGAGCGUCCACGUUCUCGAGAGGAUCAUUCACGUCCAAUUGCACGUCCUCGUAGCCAAGGUCACGGUCGUGCCGCACGCGAUCGUAACUCUCCAACAUACCGCCCUGAGGCGCGCGAUCACCCCUCUCCAUCAUACCGUACCUCUCCAACAAGCUCCGAGUCACGCAAACGCAGAGCUGUAGAGGACGCUCAUCCAUCCAUUCUACCUCCGCCCAUGCCAAGCCAGUCAUCUUACCCACGCUCGAACAGCGGUGGCAGACGUCAAGGAGACGACGAGUUGAGACUUCCUCCUGUCACUCCAGGACAACAAGCGUCUGCAAACUACUCCCCUGGUUCUUCCGCAUCUUCUCACUCGAAUCUUCAACCACCUCUUCAAGGUGGCCUGCCCCCCAUGUCGCGUACUCCUCCACCUCGUACCAGCCCAGGUGCAGCUCGUACCGAUCGUGUUGACCCGAUGAAAUUGGGCAACAUUAUGGCUCGAGACAAUGAGGUAGACAGGAAGAUGCUGGAUAGCUUUAACAAGAACAAUAAGUAG